AUGCUCUGUGUCAAUUGCCUCUUCUCCCUGCAUGCACGCAUUGUGCUCAUGUAUGCUAGAAAAAGAGGGUCUCUUGUGAAUAAUUUGCCGGCAAAUGUUUUGCCUGUCACAUACAACAGCCAGAGUUCUUAUUCAGCAGAUGACUUGCCAAGAAGUGUAGUCAUGACCAUAAAUCAAGGUUCACCUGUUAAGAGUAUGGAUUUCCAUCCAGUGCAACAAAUUCUGCUGCUCGGUGUUGCGUAUUCCAAAUACAUGGUGCACAUAUACUUAUAUCUUGAUGGUGAUGACAUACGGAACCACCUUGAGAUUGAGGCUCAUGUUGGAAGUGUUAAUGAUCUCGCCUUUUCAUAUUCAAACAAGCAGUUAUGUGUUGUUACCUGUGGUGAGGACAGGUUGAUCAAGGUAUGGGAUGCAGUGACCGGGGCUAAGCAACACGGUUUCGAGGGUCAUGAAGCACCUUUCUUCUUCUCAACAGCAACGGAUGGAAAAAUUAAGGUUUGGAUUUAUGGCAAUUUGGUUCGAGGAGUUGACUAUGAUGCACCGGGUCUCUCUUCUACCAUGAUGGCAUACAGUGCUGAUGGAAAAAGGUUGUUCUCAUUUGGGACCAAUAAAGAAGGUGAGUCAUACUUGGUUGAAUGGAAUCAACUUGGGGGGGCUGUCAAGCGUACGUAUCAUGGACUUGGAAAGAGACCUGGUGGGGUUGUGCGGUUUGAUACCACCAAAAACAGAUUUUUGGCUGCUGGUGAGGAGUUCAUGGUCAAAUUUUGGGAUAUGGACAAUGAAGAUAUCUUGACUAUUACCGAUGCUUUGGGUGGAUUGCCGGCUUCACCUUGUAUUAGAUUUAACAAGGAAGGAGUUCUGUUGGCGGUCUCAACAAGCGACAGUAGUAUCAAGAUUUUAGCAAAUGCUUGUCGCCAAAUGUACCGAAUUGCCCCUCGAGCUCACGUUAGGCGCGCGGACCGCGAGGCGACUUGGGACCACGCGUAUGCUUCGGUUUCAGAGCAGCUGACCGUCGUAGCUGUCAAGCAAAGUGGAGAAGAGGAGGGACAGCUAAAGCAGGGUCUUGGAAAGUUGGGCGGCGAGAACUCAGCAUCGUUUAAUCACGCCCAGUAG